AUGUCUUCCGACAAAAUGUCACCGUCGCUUCAUCGUUCGGCGAAUUUUGCAGUGUUCCUAUCGGGUCUUGCGUUCAUAGGACUGACAGUAUCUAUGCCUACCCUGUUUACGAUGAUGAACACAAUAGAGGAGGAAAUGGAGCAGUCUCGAAUUAUCUACGACGAGAUGACGAACCUUAUGUGGAAGGAUCUCAUCACUGAAGGAGAACACACUCGAAAAAUUCGAAGUCAACCAGAUAACGUGAGUGGGACGCCCGCAGAGUUAUAUGGUGCUAAUACUGCAUCUGGGUAUGUGGGGCAAGGAGUGUUAGAAGCUUCCACGGAUUUGAGCCAUUUAUGUACUGUUGGGCCGAAAGGACCGCCGGGGCUCAGAGGAAUUUCAGGUAACGAUGGUUUCGAUGGUGUGCCUGGGAAAAGCGCCGUAAGUGGAAUAGAAUUAGAAGCGUACGCUGCUGGGGCAUGUGCUCCAUGUCCGGCUGGACCUCCUGGAUUGCCAGGCUACAAAGGAAUAAGAGGAUUUAGAGGACCAAAGGGAAGUAAAGGAACUCCAGGAAACCCUGGAAGCGAUGGGAAUAUCGGUGAACUUGGACACGAGGGAAACCCAGGAAUUCAGGGACCGCUCGGCGCGCCUGGAGAGAGAGGCGCUCCUGGUGAAGACAAAGUGGAAUCUACGAAAGGAGUUCCUGGUCCUCGAGGUGAAAUGGGAUUACCUGGAAUGCCCGGAGACGAAGGUUUACCUGGCGAGAGGGGAGAGGAUAUGAAACCUGGGCCAUCAGGACCUCCUGGACCAAUGGGACCUACUGGUGAGCCUGGUCCAGAUGGCCCUCCCGGCCAUAAGGGAGGAAUUGGAGAGAACGGAAGUGAUGCAGAAUAUUGCCCAUGCCCAGAUAGAUCUAAAGACGGCGUUGCUAGCGGUGCUGGACCUGAUGUUGGUGUACCAGCAGCUAUUGGCGGUGUUUAUACUGGGGCCGGUGUAAGUGGCAGAAAGAAAGUAUCAUUAUCCGAAGGUGGAGUCGCAGCAACUGGUGAACCUUUCAAACUGGAGAGUUAUGGUAGUGCCAAAAUGCCAUCAGAAGGACUCCGUGGUGUGGAUCAUGAUAAGCCUACUAUCGCUGCAGGCCCACCAUAUGAAGAAUUGGCUCGCUUUGAUAAGCGAGCUCUUGCUCGUUCUCUACGUCAACGCCUACUUCUUGCAUAG